AUGUCUGAACCAUUGCAAGAAAGUAAUUAUUCAGAAGAAAAUGACGUUUACAAUGAAUAUGAAGAACAGCAUGACAAUUCUCUGAACAUGAUCAUUGUUGUAUUUUAUAGCGUUACUUUUAUUUUGGGAGCAUUGGGAAAUAGUCUUGUCAUUUGGGUCACUGGUUUCAAAAUGAAAAGGACAGUGAAUACAUUCUGGUUUCAGGGCCUUGCAACUGUUGACCUUCUCUUCACACUUACCCUUCCCUGGAGCAUCACAUACAGAAUACUUAACUUUCACUGGCCCUUUGGAGCAUUUGCAUGUAAACUAAACACUACCGUUGAAUUUUUCAAUAUAUUUGCCAGCAAUUUUCUUAUAAUGAUCAUCAGUCUUGAUCGAAUGCUUGUAGUAGUCUUUCCAGUUUGGUCUCAUAACCACAGAACAUUAAAGUUAGCAUCAUUUGUAGUUUUUCUUGCCUCAAUGAGCUCUAUUGGCAUGAGUCUGCCUUACUUCAUAUUUACUGAGACAAUGACAGUCUCUAGUUACUUAGGACCAACAAAGUGCUAUACAUCGCUUUUAUUUUUGGAGGAUUAUGAGAAGGAAAAUACAGAAGAUAUAGUGAAGAGAAGACAAAAUGCCCUAUUUGCAGUUAGAUUCAUAUAUGGGUUUUUAAUUCCAUUUUCCAUCAUAAUCAUUUGCUAUAUUUCAAUUCUCUGGCGAAUACAAAGAAUCAACAAUGCAAAUCAGAGCAAAACUUCUACUGUAUUUUAUGCUCUAAUUGUAAUUUUUAUAAUUUGCUGGUUCCCUUAUCAUGUGUUUGAUUUGAUAGAAAUAGUAUACAGGAAUUCUGAAAGGAAUGAUUACCAAAUAGAAAGGGCACUUAAGUUUGGAGUUCCUAUUGCAAUAGGCUUUGCAUAUUUUCACAGCUGUAUUAAUACUAUGCUAUAUGUAUUUAUGGGUCAACAUGUCAGAGAGAUUUUCAAAAAAUCAUUACUCACAGUACUAAGAAAUGCUUUUAGUGAGGAAAGAGAUUAUUUCACAAGAAGCAGCAGAUCCCAGUCUUAUUCAGGGACUCUUCAGAAUACAGUAAUCUGA